CCACUCAUGUGACUGAAACAAACACGAAUGCAAAUCUUGUCUAACCUGUAGUAAAAAUCAUGUGAAUGAUAUUUUAUUGCCUUCCCGGCGGCAGCUAGACGGACGUUGACUUGCACCAGCGGCUGAUCGGGUGUAGUUAGAUCUGUGUUUGUUAGAAUAAACGAUGCACUUGUGGAUAUGCGCAGUGUGCUGUGUGCUGGUGGCCUCUGCAGAACGGUACAGUCCUGACUGGGACAGCCUGGACUCCAGACCUCUGCCGAAAUGGUACGACGAAGCCAAGUUCGGGCUGUUCGUCCACUGGGGAGUGUUUUCGGUGCCGGCUUUCGGCAGUGAGUGGUUCUGGUGGAACUGGAAGGGUGCGCUGGAUCCCUCAUACAUCGGCUUCAUGCUGAAGAAUUAUCCUCCUGGGUUCACUUACGCACAGUUCGCACCACAAUUUAACGCGCAGUUCUUCCAGCCAGACGACUGGGCAGAAGUGUUCGAGGCUUCAGGAGCCAAGUACAUUGUUUUUACUACAAAACACCAUGAAGGUUUUACUAACUGGGCAUCGCCAACGUCAUGGAACUGGAACUCUGUUGAUAAUGGGCCUCACCGGGACCUUGUCGGGGAGCUGGGGGCUGCUAUUAGGAAGAGGUCUCUGCACUAUGGACUCUACCACUCCAUGUAUGAAUGGUUCAAUCCCCUGUAUCUUAAAGACAAGGAGUCAGGCUUUAAGACCCAGGAAUUUGUUUAUAGCAAAACCUUGCCAGAGCUCAUUGACCUUGUCAAAAGAUACCAGCCAGAGCUGAUCUGGUCAGAUGGGGAUUGGGAAGCCCCUGACACCUACUGGAACUCCACUGAAUUUUUAGCCUGGCUUUACAAUGACAGUCCAGUGAAGGAUGUAAUUGUGGUGAAUGACAGAUGGGGGAACGGGACAUUCUGCAAACAUGGUGGUUACUAUAACUGUGCUGAUAAGUUUACUCCAUCCACAAUGCCCAAACACAAAUGGGAGAAAUGUAAUUCAAUAGACACAUACUCAUGGGGAUAUCGCAGGAACAUGAGGCUCAGGGAAUUAAUGGAUUUGCCCACCAUUAUAAAGGAUCUCGUCUUCACUGUAGCCUUUGGAGGAAACUAUCUGCUGAAUAUCGGACCUACGUCAGACGGCAUAAUCCCAGCCGUGUUUGAGGAGCGUCUCCGAGGUGUUGGUGCCUGGUUGAAGGUUAACGGUGAGGCCAUUUAUGCCACCACACCAUGGAGAGUUCAGACCGAGAAUGCUACUCUGCCAGUCUGGUACACUUCCAAAAACUCCACUGUGUAUGCCAUCUUUCACACCAGACCGACGCAGUACUCAUUUGAGCUCCUCUCUCCUGUAACUUCAGAAACCACUGUGGUGACUCUGUUAGGAAGGGAUGAGCCUUUAAAGUGGGCUCCACUGCAUUCAUCUGGACUGAUCCUGCUCCUGCCUGAGCUGCCGUUCACUGCCGCCGGGGCGUGGGCCAUCAAACUCAAUGGAGUGGCUUAACGGUCUAACAUGGUUCAUAGGAGACACGUUUCUAGAUGAUUUUAAUGCAAGGCUGUAGCUCGCCUUAAUAGUUUGCCUUAAUUUUUUAUUGAAAGUAAAUAAUGGAUAAAUAGUCAAUAAUUGUUUAUUGAAAGAUUAAAUGAUUUUUAUUCAAAUUUAUUUCCAGAUGCACUGUUUACAAUUUGUACCAAAUAAAUGAUUUCUGUCAUUUGUCAA